GCCACCAAGAGCCUCCUCAACAAGCCCAAGAGUGAGAUGACUCCAGAGGAGCUGCAGAAGCGGGAGGAGGAGGAGGAAUUUAACACGGGUCCACUCUCUGUGCUCACGCAGUCAGUCAAGAACAACACCCAAGUACUCAUCAACUGCCGCAACAACAAGAAACUCCUGGGCCGAGGGAAGGCCUUCGACAGGCACUGCAACAUGGCGCUGGAGAACGUGAAGGAGAUGUGGACUGAGGUUCCCAAGAGUGGCAAAGGCAAGAAGAAGUUCAAGCCAGUCAACAAGGACCGCUACAUCUCCAAGAAGUUUCUGCGUGGGGACUCGGUCAUCGUGGUCCUGCAGAACCCACUCAUCGCUGGCAAAGAGAGCCUUUUUCCCACUAUAGCACUGGAGGCAACAGAAGUUAACAAGAUAUAUGAACCUGGCUGA